AUGCCCGAAGCCUGUGCCUUCCCCUCCGCCUCCGCCUCCGCCUCCGCCUCCGCCAUGGAUGAUUUCCUUCCGCCGCCUCCGCCACCGAUCGUUCUCAUCGAUCCCCUGCCGCUGGCGGUCGAUCCUAACAACUUUCCGCCGCCCGCCGACUCCUUCUCCUCUUCGAUAUCUUUGGGCUCGACGCUUCUCAUCAUCACCGCCGUCGCCAGCUUCAGCUUUGUCGCUUGCCUCUUCAUCCGCCUCGGCCGCCGCCUCCGCCGCUCCUCCUCAUCCGUCGCCUCGGCUUCCGUCCUCACUCGCCGCGAUUUAUCCACCCCCACCUCCGGCGAGCUAACCAAUAAGAAGAAAAACAAAAACGCGGCGCCCAUCGACUCACAGCUACCACUCUUCGAGCUCAGCUCCUCCCUCUCCGACGAUUCCAAAUCCUCCCCAGACUGCGUUGUCUGCCUCCUCCCCUUCCUCCCCGACGAAGACAUCCGCCGCCUCCCCGCUUGCGGCCACGCCUUCCACGCCGAAUGCGUCGACACCUGGAUCCAGAACUCCCCGUCCUGCCCUCUUUGCCGCGCCACCGUCCUCCUGCCGCCGACGCCACCUUCGGGGGCGGCACUUCCCGUCAAGAUGUCGACCACCGCCAGCCAAGGAGGAAGCUCGCUACGAGACGAAUCGUGGAGCAUAUCCCUCCCCCCUCUUCUAGCUUCGCCGCCCCGCCGCCUCUUGUUCUCGAUCGGGUCGUCAAUCGAUGACCCAAUGGAAGACGAUGUGGAGACGGCAGUGGCGCGAAUCUGGACGCAGGUGGACUACGAAGCAUCCGCCUCCGUCUCCAGGGCGCCAUCUCCGCUGAGGGAUGAGAUCCCGGCGGCCACGGGCAGCGGAGGAUGGAGGGGGAAUCUGAUGGGUUCCAUGGACCGAGGACUCUCAACUCGGUCCUCUUCGUUCCGAUCUGCCGCCUCGUCGUUCCGUCAGUCCGGUCUGUCGAUCGACCACCAGGAAGACUCCGGCGGAGAAGGCGGACGACUUUUCUUCUGGAACAGGGAGGAAGAGGAGGAGGAGGACCGCCUCUCCGCCGUCUACCGGUGGAUCGUAGGGGCAUGA